CACCUACUACUGGAAAAACUUAAAAGAGGAUACACACAAACAUGGAUACCCCAACAUAGAAACCAAAAGACUUUGGUUUAAUGGCUAAGAAACUCCAAGUUGUUUCCAACACUUGGGCCAUUAGGUUCAGCUUUCAGUCCCUGGUGGCUCUCCUGGUGGCUGUCUUAGUCAUCGGAGCGAUUUAUUUGACUGGAGAAGGUGAGCAGUUACUAGAAGAAGAAGAUGACCAUGAAGUAACAAAACAAGAAAGUGGUAAAAAUGAAUCAUCUUCGUCACGCUGCGAAUUUUUUUCAGGAAAAUGGGUUUUUGAUAACAAUUCAUACCCACUUUACAAAGAGCAGGAUUGCACUUUCAUGUCUGACCAAUUGGCUUGCCACAAGUUUGGAAGAAAGGACUUGAGCUAUCAGAAUUGGAGGUGGCAGCCUCACCACUGCGACCUCCCAAGGUUCAAUGCCACAGCACUGCUAGAGAGGCUGAGGAAUAAGAGGCUUGUGUUUGUUGGUGACUCUUUGAAUAGAGGCCAAUGGGUCUCAAUGGUCUGCCUACUGGAGACAUCAAUUCCUAAUAAGGAGCUCAAAUCUAUGCACACCAAUGGCUCUUUGAUCACCUUCAGGGCUAUUGAAUACAAUGCCACAGUCGAGUUCUAUUGGGCUCCAUUGCUAGUGGACUCUAACUCUGAUGAUCCAGUGAAGCAUCGAUUACCAGAUCGUAUCGUUCGAGCUCAAGCCAUUGAAAAGCAUGCUAAGUAUUGGACUGAUGCAAACAUACUUGUCUUUAAUUCCUACCUUUGGUGGAGAAGACCCAAAAUGAAGGUCUUGUGGGGAUCAUUUGAGAGUCCAGAUGGAAUUUACAAAGAAAUAGAGAUGUUACGUAGUUACGAGAUGGCUAUAAAGACAUGGUCAGAUUGGUUGGAAUUUCAUGUCAACCAUAACAAAACCCAGUUGUUUUUUGUUAGUAUGUCACCAACUCAUGAAAGGGGUGAAGAAUGGGGCAGGAGUGUAGAUCAAAAUUGUUACAAUGAAACAGAUCCAAUUUUAAAAGAAGGAUAUUGGGGAAGUGGAUCAGAUCCCGACAUGAUGCAUAUAGUAGAGGAUGCGAUUGAUGGGUUAAAAAUGAGAGGUUUGAAUGUUCAAAUGAUCAACAUAACACAAUUAUCAGAGUACCGCAAAGAAGGUCACCCAUCAAUCUAUAGGAAGCAAUGGGAGCCUCUAACUGAAGAGCAACAAUCAAACCCUAGCAGUUAUGCAGAUUGCAUACAUUGGUGCCUUCCUGGAGUGCCCGAUGUUUGGAAUGAGCUUCUCUAUGCAUACAUUUUCGGUUAUGAUAGGCUCAGAGCAACAGUUGAACUUUAGGACUUGUCAAGCUUGCAAAAGUUGCAUAGUAAUGAGUUUGAAAGCCACGCAAAAAAUUUCCUAAGGGAAAAGAUGUAGCUAAAAAUGGUUUUACAAUCAAAAAGAUUUCGCCAUGACUAAUGCACAUAUUGGAUGAUUUUUGAA